ACGGAAUUGUUCUAGGACUAAUGAUUAUUUAGCUUAAACUAGACGUAAUAGUGUGGUAUACAAGAACAGAAAGAUUUGUAUAAUACUCUGAAUUAAAAUUAACUGUACGGAUAACUGAAAAUUCACCAAUGGUUUGAGAUAAUUCAAAAGCUAUGGAUCUGAGGAUUGUGUUGAUUUUUCUUGCAAUUUUUGAUCAAGUCCGGUCUUCUCAUGGCUUCUGUUCAUAUAGCACUUUCAUUGAAAACAAUGGAUUCUCUGAAACCGGUUCCUUUGGAGUAUGGGACCCAGAAGGUUAUAGAAGAAAUGAAACCUGCACACUGGAAAUUAGAAGACCUAAUAUGAUGUAUAUGUCUUUAAUGAUAGACUACGAGAAAUUUGAUUUCCAGGAAUAUUCUACGUGCGCAGAUUUUAUACAAUUGCCAACAGGUACGAGAAUGUGCAAGGAGCCACAGAACUGUCAAAUAUUCACAUCAUAUAAUCAAGAAGUAUCAUGUUUAGAAAAAAUAAACGAACACUGUGAUGUAUUUUCGGUCAGUGCUGAUACGUGGCCGAUGAGAUUUGUUUUUCAUUCCGCCGCCAAUUCAACUAUUCAUCGAAUACACAGGGGAUUUGAAAUAAGUUAUCAACUUUUACAAAGUUGUAAUGGUACAGGAAUUGAUGAAGAGAAAUGGAAUCACUACGGACAUAAAACAAAUAAAGUACCAAUAAGUGUACCAGUUGCUGUACUCAUUGCGUUAGCAAUACUAAUUUCAGCGCUGAUGUCUUUUCGAUGGGAAAGGCGAUAUCGAACAUCCGACGUUAGGGAAGAAACGCGACCUCUAACGGCGACUUCUAAUAAUGUACACUCGUCCUAUGGUGGCGGUAUAAUGUCCGAUGAUUCUGAAAACGAAGCUGAAACCGUUUAUACAGUUGCUGAUGAAUCCUCUAGAAUUUACAACGAAUCACCAAAAUUGCCAAAGCGAGAAUUAAGAAGGCAAGAUAAUGUGAAUGACGAAGAAAAUCUUACAAUCGAUCGAUCAGGAAUGGCUUCAAAAAGAAAUACUAUAUAUGCACAUCUGAUUCAUUGAGACUUUUAGAAGUGCUAGACGUGACAGAAUCGGAAUAAAAGAUAUUGGUAAAGCCCUGAUACAAUGCAAAUUGAAAGCUACAUGGUGAAUAUUCCAUAUAUUGGAACUAAUCCUAUAUUUUGACCAACUAAUUCAAACAUUUAGUAUUUUAUAAGUAUAAGUGUUGUUGUAUGAGUGUCGUUUUGCUUUCACAUGUGGUUUUUAUAUAUUAAUUCAAUGAUUUCAAUGGCACGUGGUCCAACCACCUUGCUGCUUACUAACUGUGAUGCUUAAGGACCAAGCAACAAACGGGAAAGUUUAUAGGGCUAAAUAGGUAUGGAUGAAAUAUCAUUUUAGACCCCAAAAAUAAAACGAGGUAAAUAACGUAUAAUCUAAAAUAUUUUACUUUAUGAAUCGGGAUAAACAAAUUGCAUGAUAUUUUGACACUAACAUUGAAUCAGUGUCACUCAGCUUUACAAACGCUAAAAUCAAGAUUAAAAACCUUUUAUAGUAUAUCAAUGUAAUAUUCCCUGAAUUGCCCUUGAUCAAAGCUCAAACACGUACUUUUAUAACCCCUUAUUUUUCCUCCAAUUGACUUCCUUCACCUAGUUGAUUAAAAAAACAAGAUCUAUUUUUAGUUAUCAACUCCAGAUAUAUUAAUAAUUAAAGUGAAGCGAUAUUCCAAUUUGGAUGGAAAAUUUUAUAGAUUUUCAUGGCACCAUUGCAGUCAUUUUCUGGAUAAGAUUUUUUCAAAUAUUUCAAAAUUAUCAAGUCGAAUUAAACAGGUACAUUGUGACUUGGAUGUAAAUAGCAGUAAGUGUGGUUAGUUUUUGGCAACUUCUCUGCCUGUUUUGUGUGUAUUACGUUUUCCUAUUUGUAUCGUAAUGUGAAUAUUGUAAAUAAAAA